GACAAAACCGAUCCACUGCUAAUGAAACCUCAGGUUCAGAUUUUCAUCACGGAAAAGCUCAAAUUGGGGAGAACAAUAUCGAAGAUGUUAUACAGACACAGGUAGUGCUACAAUCAGCUGCCAUUUUUUUUACUUUGAACUUAGGAGGGCGAAGAACAUGCAUGUACCUAAUUUAUGUAUCGUACAUAACAAAAGCGGUGAUAAGUGCAUGGGUGUUUAUAGGGAUUGGUCAUAGAGUAAUUACUGCUAUAGAGUGGGCUGGAGGUAAAUCACAAAUGUUGCCAAUAAGUUUGAUAAUAUACUUUUCUAGAUGAAACACACGAACAGACUACAACAAAUAAGCGCCCCAGAGCCAAACUGGAGCUCGCGAGCAGGAAAGCAAUGGAGAACCUGAUGAUUCACCUAUAACGAGGAAGAGCAAGAUUCAGCACAGGAUGAUGAUCAGCUUGACGAACUAGAUCCACUUAACGAAGAUGAUCAGUUCGAAGAACUAUUACGUCGAUACGAACCCGUUAUCAACGCUGGACAUCGCCUCCAUCCAAGGCAAGCUGUUUAUAAUUUUAGAAUAAAUGAUAACCUUUCGUUUGAUCA